AUGACAAGCCAAAAGUGGGAUCGCAAAGACGAGAAGAAGGUACCAGUUGCAUCCGGGCUGGCUGGCUGGCAGGUGGGCCCCGCGAGGGCAGGAUUCUGCUCUCAACUCCCCUCUCGGUGGAGAGGCUUGCUUCUUCUCCCUGCCUGGCAGCGGGGGUUGGGAUGGAUGACCUUCGGGGAUCCCUUUCCCCCCCUUCCAACUCUGCCCCCACCAGAAGCUGGAGCUCAGAGCAGAAUCGGGCCCUCUCUCGGCGUGGGAAUCCGCUUUUCUGUUUCAAAAGCUCUCUCCGUUCUCUUCCUCUUCCCCCCUUCGCCUCCAUUCCCUGCCCCGCCACGCCUCUCCUCCUUACCCACCGCCUGGCCUGCCCCUCCUGCCCCACAACCUCUCUCUUUCUGCAGCUGCUGAAGCCCCUGAUGGAGAAGAGGCGGAGGGACAGGAUGAAUCAAAGCCUCGACCGGCUCCGGGUCUUGCUUUUCGAAGCGACCCAGGACGAGGUAAGGGCGAUGGACCCAUCUCCCCCUCUCUCGGGCUGCUUACAUGCAGCACAUUUUUAAAGCACCCGCUCAAGGAAGCCUGGGAAUUGUAGUUCGUACCGGGUGCUGGGAAUUGUAGUUCUGCGGGAAUGGGGGGAGGGAAAGGAUGGUUCCCACGAUUUUUUGGGAAGGGGAGUGCCCCCAUCUCUCCCUCUCCCGGGCUGCUUAUAUGCAGCACAUUUAAAGCGCCCGCUCAAGGAAGCCUGGGAAUUGUAGUUCGUACUGGGUGCUGGGAAUUGUAGUUCUGCGGGGAUGGGGGGAGGGAAAGGAUGGUUCCCAGGAUUUUUUGGGAAGGGGAGUGGCCCCAUCUCUCCCUCUCUCGGGCUGCUUACCUGCAGCACAUUUCAAGCGCCCGCUCAAGGAAGCCUGAGAACUGUAGUUCAUACCGGGUGCUGGGAAUUGUAGUUCUGUGGGGAUGGGUGGGAGGGAAAGGAUGGUUCCCAGGAUUUUUGGGAAGGGGAGUGGGGUGGAAAUGUGCUGUGAAUGCAGGGUUUUGGUUUGUUGUUGUCGCUGGCAUCGGUCUGUCUGGGGAGACAAUGGAGUGCGCCUCCGGGGGUGAAGCCAAACUGCUGCGUUGCAGCACCGAAGUGUGCAAGCCUGGGCAGUGUGUGUGUCUGGAGGUCCCGGGCUGCCCAGAUGACAAGACCCCCCCUCUCGGCUUGGCUGAUGUGGUCCAAAAGAAAACAGAGCAAGACAUUUGGCACCAGCUUGGCUGCAGGAGUUGCCGGAAGGAGGCAAAACAAGGCUCCAUCCAACAGUUUUAGGGACUGCACUCUGGAUUUGUGUAGGGUUUACAUGGGAGCCUUUUCUUCUGAAGAUAUCCUGCAAGGCUGUGGAGGUUGGGCCUGGAGCCUGUCUUUCCGCAGGUCCCUAACUCAUCAAGAGUUUGAGACCCAGCUAGCUGAAGCCUAACUCUCUCAAUGCCCGCCUCCUGUUUUAGAGCCCCAACCCGCCCCCCGCAAAUCAAACAAAGAAUAUUUUAUUUUCACCCCUACUUUCCUUCCCCAUUUUUUCUCCCACCCUCUUCUUUUGUCUUGUUUUUUCUCCCCCCUGCAGAGACUUAAAAACCCCAAAGUGGAAAAGGCAGAAAUUUUGCAAAAAACAGUUCAGUUUUUGAAGACACAGCCUUUAUCAGGUAUAACGUUUCUUGUAUUGUUGUUUUUUUAUUUAUUUUAUUAUUAUUAUUAUUGUUUUUGUUAUUUAUUACUUUUAUUAUUGUUGCUACUUUAGAAAACAACCCUCCGGAGAAAUGGAAAGGCUUUUUGGGAAAGGGAGUGAGGGACUUAGGUGUGGAAUAACAGUCUCCCCAGGAAUUUUUUCGAAACAGGUUUAACUUCCUAGUAGUUGAAUUUGCCCUGAGGAGGCCCCUAGGCAGUCGAAAUCUGGAGAGGCCCCCUCACAAAUCAUCUUCAAGCUUCUGCUUGGCUUGAUUGUAAUUUUCUUCCAUGAUCAAAUCAAUAUUAUUUUGAUCCAUCGUCGCAGCACCUCUAAAAGGCCCAUAAACCGGUGCCUUCUGUGCCUAUUUGGCAAUCUGGCACUCAAUGAAGGUUUGCACAUUAGGUGUUUAAAGCACCAAACUUUUCCCAAGGAAUCCUGGGAACUGUAGUUUGCAAAGGGUGCUGGGAAUUGUUGUUCUGUGGGGGGUGAACUACAGACUCCAGGAUAUUUUAGGCAGGAAGGUAAACGGCGUUUCCGUAGUCAUGCUGGCCCCGUGACCCGGAAGCUGUACGCUGGCUCCCUCUGCCAAUAAAGCGAGAUGAGCACCGCAACCCCAGAGUCGGCCACGACUGGACCUAAUGGUCAGGGGUCCCUUUACCUUUACCUUACCACGAGGAAACAGGCCCCCAGCACCGGGAAAACCUCUUGGAAAUUCUAUAUAAUGUAUGUGCAUAUUUUAAUGGGUCUCUGGGCCUCCCUUCCGCAUCUCUUUCCAAGGUGGUUGACAUUUCUGGUGCGGAUAAUAAUAAUAAUUUAUUUUUUGUACCCCGCCCAUCUGGCUGGGCUUCCCCAGCCACUCUGGGCGGCUUCCAACAAAUAUUAAAAAUACAUUAAAAUGUCACAGAUUAAAAACUUCCCUGAACAGGGCUGCCUUCAGAUAUCUUCUAAAUGUCAGGUAGUUGCUUAUCUCCUUGACAUCUGCUGGGAGGGCGUUCCACAGGGCGGGCGCCACCACAGAGAAGGCCCUCUGCCUGGUUCCCUGUAGCUUUGCUUCUCACAGUGAGGGGACCGCCAGAAGGCCCUCGGCGCUGGACCUCAGUGUCGAGCAAGGGCUGUAGCUGAGCGGCAGAACAUCCGCCUUGCAUGCAGACGGUCCUGAGUUCAAAUUCCAGGUACGGCUGGGACGAGACUUACUGCUUGAAACCCUGGAGAGCUGCUGCCAGCCACUACUAAGCUAGAUGGACCAUUGACACAACAAAGCCUUUUACUAUAUUCCUGUUGUUGUUUAGUCGUGUCCGCCUCUUCGUGACCCCCUGGACCAGAGCACGCCAGGCACUCCUCUGUCUUCCACUGCCUCCCGCAGUUUGGUCUAACUCAUGCUGGUAGCUUCGAGAACACUGUCCCACCAUCUCGUCCUCUGUCGUCCCCUUCUCCUUGCGCCCUCCAUCUUUCCCAACAUCAGGGUCUUUUCCAGGGAGUCUUCUCUUCUCAUGAGGUGGCCAAAGUCUUGGAGCCUCAGCUUCACGAUCUGUCCUUCCAGCGAGCACUCAGGGCUGAUUUCCUUAAGAAUGGAGAGGUUUGAUCUUCUUGCAGUCCAUGGGACUCUCCAGAGUCUCCUCCAGCACCAGAAUUCAAAAGCAUCCAUUCUUUGGCGAUCAGCCUUCUUUAUGGUCCAGCUCUCACUUCCAUACAUCACUACUGGGAAAACCAUAGCUUUAACUAUACGGACCUUUGUUGGCAAGGUGAUGUCUCUGCUUUUUAAGAUGCUUUCUAGGUUUAUGGGUUAGCAAACCCAUAAAGACGAAGGUUUGCGCUGAAUUUCUGGGCCCCACCUCUCAAGGCACAUAACGGUGAUUUCUGUCCUCAACAUGGUCUCCAACUGCCUGGGAUUUCUCUCUCUCUCUUAAAAAAUAAAAGGAAAGGGAGGGAAACCAAAUAACCUGUUUUCGGGGGCUGCCCUGCCAAUCUGGGACCCUGAGAGGUGUGCUUGCAAGUUGCCCAACGGAUCUCUAAACUGUUGUCAUUUCUCUUCCUCUCUCUCUCUUUCUUUAUUCCACCCUUCUUGCUGCAUACACCACAGAGACCAAGCACAAGGAAGAUGCCCUCCUGCAAAGGUACCACAGCGGCUACAGGGAGUGCCUGACCCAAGCCACCCACUUCCUCCGGGCCAGUCCGGGGAUCUGCACGGGGAAAAAGGCCUACCUGAUGGAGCACAUCUGCCACUGCAUGGAGAAGAUCACAGCCAGCCCACGGAGGGAAGUCCACCGGCCUCCACCGGCCGCCCCCACCCCCAGCUACGAGCUGCAGCAGCGGUAUAGCCCAGAUGUCUUUGCCGGGUGCAGCCCCCCACUCAGUGGGACCCCCUACGUCCUGCACCCGCCUUCCUCCACCUACCCGGCCAGCCAAGGACUGCAGGCCCGACUCGGCGGAUCAGCCCAGCAGGGCAGCUGCAGCAGGGCGCAGCAGAACAAACUCUCGGAAACGCGGAACUCCUCGCCGCAGUGUCCGCAGGCGCUGAACGUAUGGAGGCCCUGGCCUUGA